UUCAUCCCCUAUGGAAGGAUACGACCGUUGAAUUAAAAGGUGCUGAUGGUGAGCCACCAAUUUCAAAUUAUCGAGAUGGGGUCUUCGUCGAAAACAAAUUCUACAUUACCAUCCUCGAAGAUGCACCUGUAUGUUGGAUCCUCGAUUUCACUCAAAAACUAAGAUGGCAGAAAGUACCAGUGUUAAUCGACAUGGACCCAAAUCAAUUUCACCCGGUAAAAUCGACGUUCGGGGCUGCCAUAAAACGCGAAAUUUAUCUUUUUGGCGGGGAGAAUCGUCUCACUGAUCUCCCGACAAACAGUAUGUACAGGUUAAAUAUAUGCAAUAUGAAGUUGUCCAAGAUACCCGAAAACGAAACAUUCCCUACCCCAAGGUCCAUGCAUUCUCUUAACCCUCUCGGUCUUCAUCAUUUGAUUCUCUUUGGAGGAAGGUGCGUGACAGAAAGUGGUGAUUCUUAUGACACCAAAGAUUUUUAUAUUUACGAUGUAUAUAAAAAUGCUUGGACCUCGCAUGCAUCAACACCAAAUCUUCCCUACCCUCGCUCAUCUCACGCAUCGACUACACUUUGCGGGAAAUUGUUUAUCUAUGGUGGUCAACAGAUUUCCAGUCACUCGCCAAGUUCUUCAAUUCAUGACGAUGAAGAUGUUUGGGAAUACGACUUCUUGAAAUGUGGAUGGCGCAGGUAUCUUACUCCAAUGUCACCACCCUUUUUCCUUCCGGAAGAAUGGAUAUCGACCAACAUGACGACUACCGAAGACCCCCUAGAACAAAUGAUGAUAUUGUACCCAGCGAGAAAGAUGUGGGUACGCGCCAAAGUUCAAGGAAUGCCACGUCUAGAAUGCAUGGCGAUAAAGGUGGAUCCUAGAG